CUGACAUUAAAAAAAAGUUAAUUGAAUGGUUAUUUGUUGUAUAAUCGAACAUUAUUUUCUUAUUCAUUUUUGAAUAUAGAAAUAUUCAUAUAUAGAAAGAUAAUCCACAGGUAAAACGAUGCUAAAAGUCAUAGCUACAACGGCGAAUUUAGCCAAAACUUCUAUAUUAAGAUCACCCUCAGCAUUCUCAACAUGUGGCGUUCGCUUAUCGUCUUCAGUUGAUCCUUCACGUCGUAAGGAGGCUCCCAAAUUAGAGAAUGAAACAGUUCUGACACUUCCUGAGGAGGCGCGUGAAAAGAGUGCUUUGGAAUCUAGCAUUACAGUUUCCAAAAAGGUUGAUUUAACACCAGUCACCGGUAUUCCCGAGGAGCAUGUAAAAACUCGCCGUGUUCGCAUCUACCAGCCAUCAAAGAAUGCCAUGCAAAGUGGUACCAAUAACAUCCAACACUGGGAGAUGGAGUUUGAUACCCGUCAGCGAUGGGAAAACCCUCUUAUGGGCUGGACAUCCACUGGUGAUCCUCUUUCCAAUAUGAAAAUUCAGUUCUCUUCACCUGAUGAUGCCAUAGAGCAUUGUGAGAAGAAUGGAUGGGUCUGGUUCUUAGAUGUGCCAAAGACAGAGAAGCCAUUGAAACCUAAGAGUUAUGGUGUUAAUUUCUCAUGGAAUAGAAGAACCAGGGUCUCUACUAAAUAGAGUUGUUAGUAGAAUGUUUUAAUUCAAUUCUAGAGGUUUAAAAGCCUUUUAUUUAUAAUAAUGUUGCAUAAAAACAGGUUAAAAAUUUAUUAUUUCUUUUAAAUGUUAAUAUCGAGUAUUUCUGUUGUAGUGUAAAUAAAUUUGCAAAUAUUGUACUUACAUUCUUUUCUUUUUAAUAUUAAAUGCUUAAUACAUAUUAAUUUCAUAAGCAGGUACAUGCCUUUUGUGUUAGUACUGUUAAUUUCUUUUUUACAUUGUUUCUAUCAGUGAAAACCUAUAAGUGGCUUUCCUGUUUCAAUUGUGUAGUUAAAAACAAUAGUGAAGGUUAUUUCAAAGU